CCGGGCCGGGCCAUGGCGAGCGGGGCGCGGGGCGCCUGGAGCGAGUGGCCCGUGGAUCACUUCCUGCGCACCGGGCACAUCGCGGCCAGGGACGGGGCCGCCGUGCGCUGGUUCCACGCCGCCAACAGCCGGGCCCGGGCCGCGGAGGCCGCGCGAAGCGACGUGCACAUGGUGGAGGUGGAUGUUGUCCUCCGGGGAGGGGACAGGGACCCCAUCCUGGCUCAUCCCCCGGACACCGACAGCGACAUCACCCUGCAGGAGUGGCUGGCACAGAUGGGCAGCACCAACAAAGGCAUCAAGCUUGACUUUAAGAGCCUGGCCGCCGUGGGACCCUCGCUGGAGCUGCUGGGGCAGCUGGGGCAGCGCCUGGACAGACCCGUGUGGCUGAACGGGGACAUCCUGCCGGGGCCCCGCGGGAGCCGCGCGCCGCUGGACGCCCGCGCCUUCCUGGGCGCCGUCACCUCCUCCUGCCCCGAUGCCACCCUGUCCCUGGGCUGGACCACGGGCUGCCGCCGAGGCCAAGGCUACGAGUGGCCCGUGGUGCAGGAGAUGUGGCGCCUGUGCCGGGCGCUGUCCCAGCCGGUGACGUUCGCGGUCAGGGCUGCGCUGGUGCCCGGCUCCAUCCCGCAGCUGCAGUGGCUGCUGCAGCAGUGCCGCAGGUACAGCCUCACUGUUUGGACAGGAAAGGAGGAUGUGUAUUCUGUAGAAGACUUGCUUCUCAUCCGACAAAAUUUUGAUAAAAGUAGGGUUUAUUAUGACAUUUUUGAGCCACAAAAUUCUGAAUUCAAAAAAGCCAUUGGAAUAGAAUAGUAGAUGCAAA